AUGGAAGUGUUUCCUCUCUCGCCAGACUUGGAGCACGAAGAUCCUUUCGAGUCUUCCACCGGGUCUAUCGACGAGGCAAGUGACUACGAUGUUCACAGUUUGUUCGAUGAAAAGAUCAGGGAGAUCACCGCUGCCGAGCGUCAGAUGAUUGCCGAGUUGACGGACGAUUUCGCUAGAGGUUUCGAUCCUGAUGCUCUUGCUCGGGAGAUCAUGGCCGUGCUCCCAUUGUUGGCGGAUGAUCUAUUUCCAGGCUCGUACGCCCACCUUCUGAUCAUGUUGCUGGAGACCCGUGGAAAGAUGGAAACAACUCAAGUAAACCUGACUCUGUGGAUGCGUGCCCGUUAUCCCACUGCUAUCAGCGAGCCCAAUAUCACCAGCAUCACCGAUGAGACCUUUUUUGUCACCGAAAUUGAGAUGCUGAGACGGCUGCUGUCUACUUUGCGUGGAGAUGAUUGCAAGCCCAUCUAUUGGAUCACUAGUAGGCCCUUGGAGAUUGGUAGAUCUUGUGAGCACCUCGAGGCAUCCAUCAAAGUGCUUCGAGCGUUUGAACAUGAUAUUUGGGAGGCAAUACAAGAGGAGGACGAGGACAAAACGAUUUACAGUGACACUCCGGUUUCCACAGAGCGCACCAUUCUGACGAGCGUGCGAGCGCAGCGUUACGACUGUUGCAGGGCCACAUUGGCUUGGAAUGAUUACUUGAGAACGGAGCUUGCUCUGACGGUGUUCUAUCAGUUUUACAGAAAGCAUCUGAUGGAAACAAACCCCGAAAGAGCCCGAGAGAUAGGUUGGCUGCCACCUCUUAACAUCGAGGUUCCUCGUUCGACUGUCACUGGCAGGGACUUUGUCGAUCUCACUGAGUGGCCGCUGGACAGUCAUGAGAGGAUGGUCUUGAGACUGAUGUUCAAGGUUGCCCAAUGGCUUGGCCUGGCUAGAGGACUCCCUGCUGUUCACUUGUUCUGUGACAUUGCCAGAUACUUCACCAUCCACGAGCCUUCCAAGACGCCCAGCGCAUCUUAUAUCUUCUUCAUGCAAAAUCUCACCGAGAUCAGACUCUGUGACACUUCGAUCAAAUCCCAGAUCCCAUCUCCAUUUCCUUAUCGGGACAAGCAAUUUGCCGACAGAAAUCGGGACUACUACAUCGAUCUUUUCAAAUCAGCUAAUGAUUUGGUGUCCUGCCUGGUGGAGCAAACGUCUUUCCUCGAGAAGAAGAGCGGUGGCCCGAGUGUUGUUAGCUCCGAUGGCCAGCCUCAGCGUCCCGUCAAUAAAGAAAUCCAGAUGGUCAGAGAGUUUCCCGAGAUUCGUGGGUCUCUCGUUGGUGCAUGGCAGGAUGUUGCAACGGCAAGUCUACUCAUAUGA